AUGGCUGAAGAGGCUCAAUCUCAAGAACCUCAACAAUCCCAGCCUCAAUCUCAAGACAUUACUGUUCCUCAAACAGGCCCUGGUGGUCGAGCAAUAGUAGCAGCUCAUGAACCGACACAUCCUUCUCAUCGUGAAACAUCGCUAUUAUCAGGAGGAAUUGGGACUCCAUUCCUUACUCCAUAUAACAUGGAAACUCAACAAGAUACUCGAGUGAAUGUAGGAGAUUCUUCGAAUAUUUAUGAUGCAGGAUAUGAUAAUUGGCUAAUGGGUCCAACACUUACUCAUGAUAGAGGCGAUAGAGGUGGUAGGACACCAAGACCACGAAGUCGGAGCAUUAGAAGAGAUAUGUAUAUGAAACUUAUGUGGUGUUUAACUGCUUUAGCAAAUCUUGUUGUUGUGAUUGGGUUUAAGAAAGAAGGAUAUAUUCUUUUUGGAAGAGUUACACUAACAGAUGAUCAAAUUACUAAAUUAGCCAACACAGCGGACAGCACGUGCUUAAUAAUAAUGGUAUUGUUAGCUAUACACUUUUGGUUAGUAAUUAAGGAAUCAAAUCCAAUUUUUGCUACCGAAAGUAUUUCACGUAAAGUAGAAAUCUAUUUGGCUAUCCCAAUUAUAUACAUCACGUUCAUGCGUAUAUGGUUAUAUAAACCUGAUCCUCUACCUACGGUUCAACCAGAAGCGGACACUGCAUUAGCUACAGCCACAGGAGGUCGUAGAUUAGGUGAAAGAGAUGAAAGUUAUGAAGCUUAUUAUAGAAUGGAAAGAAAUAAUUAUUGUGAUAAGUGUUUUUAUGGAUGUUGUAUGUUAUGUGAUAGGUGUUGUAGUUCAACAUAUAAUAUAUGCUGUGGUUGUUAUGAAUGGGAUUAUGUUCAAUGUGAAUGUGGAAUAUGCGAUUGUAAUG